AUGUCCAAGGAGCUGAAUUCGACGAUCGAUGCCCGGUCAAGCUCGUCGUGCGUGGACGCACAUGCUUUGGAACCUGUGGCCGGCAGCGUGUCCGAGGUUCUGGCAACGCAGAGCUCACUUAAGGUUGGGGCAUAUUUCCUUCACCCGACUCGCUGCCGUGGUCGUGGCCGCGCCCGGCUCGACCGCGACCUGCAGCGGGUCAACGGCGAGCUGCGGGUGGCGUUGGCCGCGGAGGAGAAGAACAAGCGGGCCAUGGAGGAUCUAGUGCUGGUGCUCAAGGAGGUGAAAGCGGAGCUGCACACCACGCGGGCAUAUUUCCUUCACCCGACUCGCUGCCGUGGUCGUGGCCGCGCCCGGCUCGACCGCGACCUGCAGCGGGUCAACGGCGAGCUGCGGGUGGCGUUGGCCGCGGAGGAGAAGAACAAGCGGGCCAUGGAGGAUCUAGUGCUGGUGCUCAAGGAGGUGAAAGCGGAGCUGCACACCACGCGAAACUUACUUGCGCGCGCUCAGCAUGAGUCGGAGACGGCGAGGCUGGAGUCGUACCAGUUGCACGUGUCCCUGAAGCGCAAGGACGACAAGGUUCGCGCGCUAUCCGAUGAGGUGGCCCGCCUCUGCACCGACGCCGAGGAGGCGUUCGCCACAUUCUGGGGUAAGGAGGCCAGGUUCACAGCAUGGAUGAAGUCGUCGGAGGUAGAGCCCGCCACGUCUCGGUGCGAGAACGCGCGGCUCCUCGAGUCGCAGCGGUCCGGGCGGCACGAGGUGGCCAAGCUGCGGGACAUCCUGAAGCAGGCCGUCAAGGACACCAAGUUCGUCAAGGAGGCGUCGGAGGAGGCGAGGAGAGAGAACACCAUGCUCAAGGAGAUGGUCGGGAGCAAGGACACCGCCGUCAAGUGCAACAAGGAGAAGCUGGAGUGCCUCCGGGUGAGCGAGGCCGCGGCACGCGACAACGUCAAGGAGCUGCAGAGUCUGCUGGUGGCCACAUCGGUGAGCCCCACCCCCACACCGUCCGCGGUGGCAGGAGCGGGAAGGUCGUUUGACCUGGAGGACCUAUCGUCGCUGUCGCCGCGGGCGCCGACGGACGGGAUCGACGAGAUCGCAGUGGAGUAG